AUGACCCCAAAUGAAGUUUUUACAUGAUAUGCCAGGGUUUGGAUCCCUGAUCCAGAGGAGGUCUGGAAGUCAGCAGAACUUCUCAAAGAUUAUAAACCUGGAGAUAAAGUCCUCCAGCUUCGACUUGAAGAAGGCAAGGACCUAGAAUAUUGCCUAGAUCCGAAGACCAAGGAGCUCCCACCCUUGCGAAACCCUGACAUACUUGUUGGUGAAAAUGACCUCACAGCACUCAGUUAUCUCCAUGAGCCUGCUGUUUUACACAACCUCAAAGUUCGAUUUAUAGACUCUAAACUAAUCUAUACCUAUUGUGGUAUUGUCUUAGUGGCCAUAAAUCCUUACGAACAACUGCCUAUCUAUGGCGAAGAUAUCAUCAAUGCAUACAGUGGCCAAAAUAUGGGGGAUAUGGAUCCACAUAUCUUUGCAGUGGCUGAAGAAGCUUAUAAGCAGAUGGCCAGAGAUGAGCGAAAUCAGUCAAUCAUUGUCAGUGGGGAAUCUGGAGCCGGAAAGACUGUCUCUGCUAAGUAUGCCAUGAGGUACUUUGCCACGGUCAGUGGGUCUGCCAGUGAAGCCAAUGUUGAGGAGAAGGUCUUAGCUUCCAACCCCAUCAUGGAGUCUAUUGGAAAUGCCAAAACUACGAGGAAUGACAACAGCAGUCGCUUUGGGAAAUACAUUGAAAUUGGCUUUGAUAAGAGGUAUCGAAUCAUUGGUGCUAACAUGAGAACUUACCUCUUGGAAAAAUCAAGAGUGGUGUUUCAGGCAGAAGAGGAGAGAAAUUACCACAUCUUUUACCAACUUUGUGCCUCUGCAGCAUUACCCGAGUUUAAAACUCUACGAUUAGGGAAUGCAAAUUACUUUCACUAUACGAAGCAAGGUGGAAGCCCUGUGAUUGAUGGUGUUGAUGAUGCUAAAGAAAUGGUAAACACCAGGCAGGCCUGCACUUUGCUAGGGAUUAGUGAUUCCUACCAGAUGGGAAUUUUUCGAAUCCUUGCUGGCAUCCUUCACUUGGGCAACGUGGAGUUUGCAUCUCGGGAUUCUGACAGCUGCGCUGUUCCUCCCAAGCAUGAACCCCUCACCAUCUUCUGUGACCUCAUGGGCGUGGAGUAUGAAGAGAUGGCCCACUGGCUUUGCCAUAGGAAGCUCGCAACUGCCACCGAAACCUACAUCAAGCCAAUUUCUAAACUUCAUGCCAUCAAUGCCAGAGAUGCACUUGCCAAACAUAUCUAUGCUAAUCUCUUUAACUGGAUUGUAGAUCAUGUGAACAAAGCCCUUCACGCUACUGUAAAACAGCAUUCUUUCAUUGGAGUGUUGGACAUUUAUGGAUUUGAGACAUUCGAAAUCAACAGCUUUGAACAGUUCUGUAUCAACUAUGCCAACGAAAAGCUGCAGCAGCAGUUCAAUAUGCAUGUCUUUAAGCUGGAACAAGAAGAAUAUAUGAAGGAACAAAUACCAUGGACCUUGAUUGAUUUCUAUGACAAUCAGCCUUGCAUCAACCUCAUAGAGGCCAAAAUGGGAAUUCUGGAUCUGUUGGAUGAGGAGUGCAAGAUGCCAAAAGGCUCGGAUGACACUUGGGCCCAAAAGCUAUACAAUACUCAUUUGAAUAAAUGUGCCCUCUUUGAAAAACCCCGUUUGUCAAAUAAGGCUUUUAUCAUCAAGCACUUUGCUGACAAGGUGGAAUAUCAAUGUGAAGGCUUUUUGGAAAAGAAUAAAGACACGGUUUAUGAAGAACAAAUUAAGGUCCUAAAAUCAAGUAAGUUUAAGCUGCUACCAGAGUUAUUCCAGGAUGAGGAGAAGGUCCUCAGUCCCACGUCAGCAACCCCUUCAGGGCGCGUGCCUUUGUCUCGAACAGCUGUAAAACCAGCCAAGGCCAGGCCAGGUCAAGCCAGCAAGGAGCAUAAGAAAACUGUGGGACAUCAGUUUCGUAACUCUCUUCAUCUGCUGAUGGAAACUCUGAACGCUACAACUCCACACUACGUGCGCUGCAUUAAGCCUAAUGACUUCAAGUUUCCGUUCACAUUCGAUGAAAAGCGGGCAGUGCAGCAGCUGAGAGCUUGUGGUGUCCUGGAGACCAUCCGAAUCAGUGCAGCUGGCUUCCCCUCCAGGUGGACGUACCAAGAGUUCUUCAGCCGUUACCGUGUUCUGAUGAAGCAGAGAGAUGUCCUUAGUGACCGAAAGCAGACAUGUAAAAAUGUCCUGGAGAAGCUGAUUCUGGACAAGGAUAAGUACCAGUUUGGUAAGACAAAAAUAUUUUUCCGGGCUGGUCAAGUAGCCUAUCUGGAAAAAAUAAGGGCAGAUAAGUUGAGAGCUGCCUGUAUCCGCAUCCAAAAGACGAUCCGAGGCUGGCUGAUGCGAAAGAAGUACGUGCGUAUGAGGAAGGCUGCCAUCACCAUUCAGAGAUAUGUCAGAGGGUACCAAGCACGAUGCUAUGCCAAGUUCCUGCGGAGAACACGGGCUGCUAUCACUAUUCAGAAGUUCCAGCGCAUGUAUGUGGUCCGCAAAAGAUACCAAUGCAUGCGAGCUGCUACUGUUGCUCUUCAGGCUCUCCUAAGAGGUUACAUGGCCAGGAACAAGUACCAAAUGAUGCUUCGGGAGCACAAGUCUAUUAUUAUUCAGAAACAUGUAAGAGGUUGGCUGGCUCGAGUGCACUACCAUAGGACCUUGAAGGCAAUUGUUUACUUGCAAUGCUGUUACCGGCGCAUGAUGGCCAAGAGGGAGCUAAAGAAACUGAAGAUAGAGGCCCGGUCUGUGGAACGCUACAAGAAGCUUCACAUUGGCUUGGAGAACAAGAUCAUGCAGCUGCAGCGAAAAAUUGAUGAGCAGAACAAAGAGUAUAAAUCUCUGCUGGAGAAGCUGAGCAACCUGGAGAUCACGUACAGUACGGAGACAGAGAAGCUGCGGAGUGAUGUGGAAAGGCUUCGGAUGAGUGAGGAGGAGGCUAAGAACGCGACCAACCGUGUCCUCAGCCUUCAGGAGGAGAUUGCCAAGCUCCGGAAGGAGCUGCACCAAACUCAGUCUGAGAAGAAGACCAUUGAGGAAUGGGCAGACAAAUACAAACACGAAACCGAGCAGCUGGUAUCGGAGCUGAAAGAGCAGAACACAUUACUGAAAACAGAAAAGGAGGAGCUACGCCGCAUCCAUGACCAGGCGAGGGAAAUAACAGAAACGAUGGAAAAGAAGCUAGUGGAGGAAACGAAACAGCUAGAGCUAGAUCUGAAUGAUGAACGGUUACGGUACCAGAACCUGCUGAAUGAGUUCAGCCGUUUAGAGGAGCGGUAUGAUGAUCUCAAGGAUGAAAUGAACUUAAUGGUGAACAUCCCCAAGCCUGGACACAAAAGAACGGAUUCAACUCACAGUAGCAAUGAAUCUGAAUAUACUUUUAGCUCCGAGAUCACGGAAGCAGAAGACUUACCAGUGAGGAUGGAGGAACCAAGUGACAAAAAGGCACCAUUGGAUAUGUCUCUGUUCCUCAAGCUGCAGAAACGGGUUACGGAGCUGGAGCAAGAAAAGCAAUCCCUGCAGGAUGAACUGGACAGAAAGGAAGAACAGGCUCUCCGUGCUAAAGCUAAGGAGGAGGAAAGGCCUCCAAUAAGAGGUGCAGAGUUGGAGUAUGAGUCGCUCAAGCGUCAAGAACUUGAAUCUGAGAACAAAAAACUGAAGAAUGAGUUGAAUGAGCUGCAGAAGGCCCUCACAGAAACGCGAUCUCCAGAGGUAACUGCUCCUGGUGCCCCUGCAUAUAGAGUCCUCCUGGAUCAGCUGACUUCAGUAAGUGAAGAGCUUGAAGUACGCAAGGAAGAAGUCCUCAUCCUGAGGUCUCAGCUGGUUAGCCAGAAAGAGGCUAUUCAACCCAAGGAGGAUAAGAAUACCAUGACAGAUUCUACAAUCCUCUUGGAGGAUGUACAAAAGAUGAAAGACAAAGGAGAAAUAGCACAGGCAUAUAUUGGACUGAAGGAAACAAACAGGCAAUCUCCCCAGGACUAUCAUAUGCUGAAUGAGGACGGAGAACUUUGGCUGGUUUAUGAAGGGUUAAAACAAGCCAACAGGCUACUGGAGUCUCAGCUUCAGUCGCAGAAGAAGAGCCACGAGAAUGAACUGGAAUCGCUGCGAGGUGAGAUCCAGAGUCUGAAGGAAGAAAACAAUCGCCAGCAGCAGCUCCUAGCCCAGAACCUGCAGCUGCCUCCAGAGGCCCGCAUUGAAGCCAGUCUACAGCAUGAGAUCACCCGGCUGACUAAUGAGAACUUGGAUUUAAUGGAGCAGCUUGAAAAGCAAGACAAAACUGUUCGCAAAUUAAAGAAACAGUUGAAAGUAUUUGCUAAGAAGAUUGGUGAACUUGAAGUGGGCCAGAUGGAGAACAUAUCACCUGGACAAAUCAUCGACGAACCUAUUCGUCCAGUCAACAUUCCACGGAAAGAAAAGGACUUCCAAGGGAUGUUAGAAUAUAAGAAGGAGGAUGAACAAAAACUUGUCAAGAAUCUUAUUUUAGAGCUGAAACCACGUGGGGUAGCCGUCAACCUGAUUCCAGGACUACCAGCAUAUAUUUUGUUCAUGUGUGUACGCCAUGCGGAUUACCUUAAUGAUGACCAAAAAGUGCGGUCGUUGUUGACUUCCACUAUCAAUGGCAUCAAAAAAGUGUUGAAGAAAAGAGGUGAUGACUUUGAAACGGUGUCCUUCUGGCUAUCUAACACCUGCCGCUUUUUGCACUGUUUGAAGCAAUAUAGUGGAGAAGAGGGGUUUAUGAAGCAUAAUACACCUCGUCAAAAUGAACACUGCCUCACUAAUUUUGAUUUAGCUGAAUACAGACAAGUAUUGAGUGACUUGGCUAUUCAGAUCUACCAACAACUUGUCCGAGUGUUGGAAAACAUUCUGCAACCAAUGAUUGUUUCAGGAAUGCUGGAGCAUGAGACUAUCCAAGGUGUCUCAGGGGUGAAACCAACAGGGCUGCGGAAGAGAACAUCCAGCAUUGCUGAUGAAGGAACUUACACUUUGGACUCCAUUAUUCGGCAGCUGAACUCCUUCCAUUCAGUGAUGUGUCAGCACGGAAUGGAUCCAGAGCUGAUCAAACAGGUUGUCAAGCAGAUGUUCUACAUCAUUGGGGCUGUAACGCUUAAUAAUCUUCUCCUGCGCAAGGACAUGUGUUCAUGGAGCAAAGGAAUGCAGAUAAGAUACAAUGUGAGUCAACUGGAAGAAUGGCUACGUGAUAAAAAUUUGAUGAAUAGUGGGGCUAAAGAAACACUGGAACCCCUCAUCCAGGCUGCACAGUUGUUGCAAGUAAAAAAGAAAACGGAUGAAGAUGCAGAAGCCAUUUGUUCAAUGUGCAAUGCACUGACUACUGCCCAGAUUGUAAAAGUUCUGAAUUUGUAUACUCCAGUUAAUGAGUUUGAAGAGAGAGUCUUGGUAUCAUUUAUACGUACAAUACAGAUGCGUCUGCGAGACAGGAAGGACUCUCCUCAGUUGCUCAUGGAUGCUAAACACAUCUUCCCUGUUACUUUUCCAUUUAAUCCAUCCUCUCUGGCAUUAGAAACCAUUCAGAUCCCAGCCAGCUUGGGCCUGGGCUUCAUAUCACGUGUCUGAUCCCAAGGAUGUACCGUCAGUGUUAGAUGGAGAAGCAGUUCCCUGAUACCUUUACCCGUUAAAACAUAGUGAGCUACUGAAAACACAUUUUCUGAACAGUCUAUAUAUGCCCAGAUCUGUAGUAAAAGUAGCUGGAAAACUACAUAAAAGCACGACAGAUUGAAGGCUAAUAGAAAGAUACGCAUUUGUGUUCAGUCAUUGCAUUUAUGAGGACAUCGCUGAUUCAUACAUUUCCAGAAUAUGGAAAUCGGGCUUGGACAAAAAUUGUGUCUUCAGCUGUCUAGAGACAUUUUUAGAUCUUUAGUAACAUAUUUAAAUAGUGUAAAUUAAACUCCAUAUGUAAUCUUCUCCUAGGCAGGGACCAACAGGGACAGUCACAGUCCUGAACAUGGAAGACUUGAAAGUAAGGCAUUUUGUAGUAGAAUACACCGUCACUUGGGAGCCUAUUACAUUUAAUUUGUGAAAACUGGAAUGGAGAAACACAAACUGGCAAUAUAUAAAAUGAUUUCUUAAACCACUUCCUUAUUUAUGUCGGUUUGACAUAAAUUCUAGUGAUAAGUCUUAUAGCUCACUAUAUGCUAUAACUUAGGUGUUCAUUUGUUAGUACUGUGGUUUACCAAGCAUACUAAAUCGCUGCUGCACAUUGUGUUCUUUUAAAUGUAUGACAGUAUGACACUAGGCACUAAAAAUAAGAUAUUUCUUUUUUUGUUGUCAACCUUAUUUACAGUCCGAUUCAGCCUGUUAUUUUAACUGGAUUUUUGCAAAUGGUAUCAAAUAACACCUGUAGACGAAAAUGGUAACUAAGCACAAGUAGCACACUGGAAAUUACACGUUUAGUUAUUUUUAAAAGUAGUUAGCUAAAAAUACAGAAUCUUGAAGCCAAUGAUCAGAAGUCAGUAAUGAUUUUAGUAUUUAUUUAGGUUUUGUAGUCUGUCUACUGUUCUUCUUUAUUUGUAGACCCCAGAGAUGACAGUGUGUAUUUUGAGUAUAAUCUUUUUUGUUUUGUUGCCACUUAAAAAGAAAGGAAAAAAGGUAUUCUUUCAUGCUGGAGUUUGAGAGGAAAAACUUUAAUAGAAAAUUUCUGCAGUAGCCCAAGGCUCUCAUUCUGUGAAAGGCUGACUAACAAGAACGUUAAGUAGGUUUUGACUACGAUGCUGUCAUUAGACUAUGAUUCAUGCUGAUUUAAUGGUUGGAGAUCCAGAGUGCAUAAUGAGAAACUGAGUUAUUUUGGAUAUUGCACAUCUUAUUGGAAAG